CAAAUUGGACAGUUGUGAUUAAAUCUGGAAAUUAAAUUCAUUGAACCCAAAAAACAAAAAAAACUUUCGUUUCUCUCUCCUCUUUCUCACUGAUAAUUUCUUCUUUGUCCUCAAACAUUUUUCAGGUUUCCUCACCUCAAUCAUCUACUCAAAAGUCAGGAAUUUGCUACAAUCUACACCAUUCUUGAACAAUAUUCUAAUUUGUUGCAAAAUUUCUUAAUUAUAGAGCUGUUUUUUUUUUUUAAAAAAAAAGAAAAAAAGAAAGUGUUUUUAGUUCGUCUCUUCAGCAGCAGCACUAAUGGCGGAGAAAGGUGCAAAAGGGUUUUCUCUUGGCAAAGGAGCAGUGCCCUUAAAAGGAAAGGAUGAUGACUCCACAAAAUUAAAGAAGGGAAGGAAAGUGCAGUUCGAAGAUGAAGAGUCCCCUGCAAACUUUUCAUCAAAAUCUGGUGGAAAGGGUGAACCUUUGAAAGGAGGGAAGGGCUCUACUCGAAAAGAACCGGCUAAGUAUGAACUUAAUGUUCAGUCAGAGCUUCCAAAGAACUCCCAAUGUGUGAUGGAUUGUGAGGCAGCUGACAUCUUGCAAGGAAUCCAGGAGCAAAUGAUUUUUCUCUCUCGUGAUCCAACUGUCAAACUUCCUGUUUCAUUUGACAAGGGAUUACUAUAUGCCAAAGCUGGAGGACGAUAUUCGAAUCCCAAGGCUGUCAGAAAGGCUCUCGGGACUCUCAAGAAGUAUGGAGUUUCUGAUGGAGAGAUAUGUGUCAUUGCCAAUACUUGCCCUGAGAAUGCUGAAGAGGCUUUUGCCUUGGUCCCUUCCCUGAAGGCCAAGAAAAACAAGAUCAAUGAACUACUUGAAGAGGUCAUAUCUCAGCUGGUUACAUUGAAAUUGCCAACAGAACCAUAGAGAGUAGAAAGGGGAGAUGCCAAGCCCUUGCAGCAUGUCGAAACUACAUGAUAUGCAUCAACUUACAUCACUACCCUUACUUGGCCUUUGUUAGUUGGUUUUGUAUAGGUCUUAAUUUUGUAAGAACGUUUUUCAGUGUAGUCUGUUAAUUGAUGUCAAACUGUAACAUGUAAAUCCUAACUGUAUGAACCUAUCUACUUUUGAGUUUCAAUGCUCUCCUUAACUGCUGAUCUUUAGUCAAUAUCCAUCUGUGUGCCAAUUACUUGCUACUA